AUGAAACCUGAAUAUGUGCCACUUAGCAAGCUCACUCCAAAGAGCAAAUCAUACAAAAUCAAGGUUGCUGUAAAGGAAAAGUCUCCUGUGAGGACUCCUCCUAACAAAAGGAGGUUCCAAAAGCUUAUCUUUGCAGAUGAUGAGGGCAAUAAGAUUAGAGAAACUUUGUUUGGAGAUGAAAUUGAUCACUUUAAAAAACUUCUUGAUCACCAAAAGGAAUACAUAAUAGAACAUGCUCCUAUCAAACCUACUGACCCCAAAUUCGUCAAUAGAGAAGGGCCAUACCAGAUAGGCUUUGGAGGAAAAAUUGCAAUCCAGCCUGUAGUUCCAGAUUCUGGACCUGUUCUUCCACAAUAUACUCCUAUUACUGUGGUUCCCCCAACAAGCAAUGACAAUAACCGAUUCGACAUACUCGGUAUUGUUGUUCACAUGGAAGAUGUUCGGCAAAAGACUUCACUCAAUGGAUUUCCAUUUGAUGUUCGCGACAUUGCUUUUGUUGACCACACUGUUCAAAGGACUUGUUAUUUCAUAUACCAAGAUGAUCAAGCUCUUAUUAUUUUUGUGUAUGGAGAGUUAGCUAUUGUUGACUGUGAACAAUUUAGUAACUGGUUAGACUCUUUCAAAAUAGUAAGAUUCAGGCAUUUAAAACCAGCUAUACACAGAGGUUUUUCCCUAGCUUCUUCUAUGUCAACAACUAUUGAUCCAAAUCCAACUUCUCUUGAAGCAGUUGCACUGCGAGACUGGAACAACUUCACUUUUAUUGCAACAAAUGGGACUGGAAGCAUUCGGUUCACUGCUUUCGGCGAAGAAUAUGCAAAGCUACUACACUCUACGCCCACUGAACUUCUAGAAAAGAAGAAACAGGAGACCUGGCCAGAAUUCAGUACUCUAGCUGUUGAACUACAAUAUAAGGCAUCGCUUAUUCAAGUCGACCUUGCAGGCACCAUCAAGAGGUCUGGCAUGCUCAAGCGGUACGUCAAGGUUGUUUCACUGGACUAA